ACGCAGUCGCGAUUUGUCACAAUAUGCUAAUUGUUCGCUACCUAAUCGCUUUGGUCUUCUCCGUUUUCAUGGUGGCCACCUCGCUGAAGAUCGAGGAGCGCCUUCGGCGCUGCCAUGGCUACAAGAUAUCCACACCGGAUCGACUGGUCAUCAAAAUGGAGCAGCGGGGCGGAAAAUGCAAGUCCAAGCAACUGGAGAAGCGGCGUUUACAAAUCUAAGUUAGUCUAACAGGAACAUGUGAUAAGGACGCAGGAAAUACUCGAAAGGGAGAUUUCCAAAUAGUGAUAAUAGAAUCAGAGAUCUAUGGAAAAUAAAGGAUACUGCCUAGAGGC